UGUACACAUAUGUGCUUAGAGAAGGAUGAAAAUUCUGAGUGGAAAAUUGGAAUCAGCUUUUUAGUUAAAUAGGCUGCGAAUGGAGGCAGAAGAGGCAGGCAUGGCAGCACAUUUAUUACACUCCCAAAUUUAAUCCAAGCAAAAAGAUAUAAUCAUCCAAAACCCACACACUCAACACGCACUCAAGGUGUGGCUGUGGCCCCCAUUCCCUCCACCUUUCCCUUGAGCUUCAACCGACCGUUACAGCUUACCAAAGCUUGACUGCUUUAGUACACAAAAGAUUUUGGGACAUUUCAUAACAGCAGCAGCUGCCCUAGCUAGUGAGAGAGAGAGAGUGAAAAUCUUGGUUCUUGUAGUAUUAAAAAAAGCCCACCUUGAAGAGAGAGAGAGAAGCAUGUAUUGAAAUCUCUGCAGUGGUGAGGACUACAAGUUCGAAUUAUUCUUCUUCUGUGUUUUAUAAUGCCCUCUUCCUCCAUUGGCCUCAUUGAAAUUCACACUCAUCCCACCCCUACCCCACCCACCCCACCCCCUUGUAUGUAUAGUGUAUCUAUUGCUUUAGCUUUUAAAGAUUGAAUUUUGAAUAUAUGGGAUAUGCUUGGGAGGCAAUUGUUGUACAAAACCGAGGCUGCACUAAAGUGGGAUUGCAUACAUAUAUGUGUAUGUAUAGUUCGAAUUCGUAGAAAAAUGUAUGUAACGGAGAAAAAGCAAAAGGGAAGGGCCUUCACAUAAGCCUUUUACACGUGAUAAAGAAAACAUCAAAAGCACUUGCAUGCGUGUAUAAAAGAUUCAUUGUAAUCAUCAUCAUCUCCCUCUCUCUCUCUUGAAAAAAAGGAAACACAGUCUUGAGUGUUUGAGUCUUUCUUUUUCUGAGUUUCUCUCUCAUUAUUUAUACAAUCUGCCCAUCUUUUUUAUCCCCACUUUUCUCACAACCCUUUUUUCCGAGUUGCCAUCUUUUAGAAUCUCCCUUUAGGUUCAUGAUUAAAGCCCACUUCCGCUUCAAAGCUCAGAUUCAAGAAAAGGAUAUAAAGGUGCAGUUUUGAAUGUGCAUGGAAUCAUUGAUCUUUCAAGGGGUUUAACCAAGAACUACAAGGAAAGAACUAAUCAGGAAUUAUUUGCUGUCACCAAAAUUGCUCUGCCUAUUUCUUUUGAGCACAUUACAUUGAGUUUGCAAAAUUGUAAGUUUGUUUGUUUCAUCAUAAACCAUGCCUAUAAGGCAGAUGAAAGAAAAUUCAGAGCAACACUUUAUCAUCAAACCCCAGCUGCAAAACUCCAUGAAUUCUGCUCCAAAGAGCUCAAAGUCUGCUCAGAAUGGCAAAGGCCCACCAGUUCAGGAAUCCCAGAACAAACAGACCUCACCUCCAUCAAGAAACAGAGGAAGGAGAAGGGGUCGGGGCGGCCGGAAAUCGGACCAAGGCGACGCCUUUAUGCGGCCGAGCUCGCGGCCAUGCACUGCAGCUGAUAAACCAAUUGUCAAAGAGAAUGUUAGAGCCAUUGUGCCAGCUUUGUCUAACAAUGGAGGCAGCAGCUUAUGUGAAUCAGACAUGGGGUUUCCGAGCUCGAGCAAGUCCUUGACUUUCCCGUUGAGGCCGGGGUUCGGGCAGGCCGGGACGAAGUGCAUUGUCAAGGCCAACCAUUUCUUUGCAGAGUUGCCAGACAAGGAUUUGAACCAGUAUGAUGUAACGAUCACCCCGGAGGUGACUUCUAGAGCGGUGAAUCGAGCCAUCAUGGCGGAGCUCGUGAAGCUGUACAAAGAAUCUGAGUUGGGGACGAGAUUGCCGGCCUACGAUGGAAGAAAGAGUUUGUAUACAGCUGGUGAACUUCCUUUUGCUUGGAAGGAGUUUACCAUUAAGCUUAUUGAUGAUGAGGAUACUAUCAAUGGUCCCAAAAGAGAAAGGGAGUAUAAAGUAGUGAUUAAGUUUGUUGCAAAGGCAAGCUUGCAUCAUUUAGGCCAAUUUCUUGCUGGUAAACGGGCAGAUGGUCCGAGGGAAGCUCUGCAAAUUCUCGACAUUGUACUGAGAGAGCUCUCGAUGAAAAGGUUCUGCCCUGUCGGGAGGUCAUUCUUUUCUCCUAAUAUUCGGAAACCACAAAAGCUUGGGGAUGGUUUAGAGGCAUGGUGUGGGUUUUAUCAGAGUAUAAGACCUACUCAGAUGGGCCUGUCACUCAACAUAGAUAUGGCUUCAGCUGCAUUUAUUGAGGCACUUCCAGUUAUUGAAUUUGUUGCCCAACUGUUGGGGAAAGACGUUUUGUCGAGGCCAUUGUCUGAUUCAGACCGAGUUAAGGUCAAGAAGGGCCUCAGAGGAGUGAAAGUUGAAGUGACCCACAGAGGGGAUGUUCGAAGAAAAUAUCGAGUUUCUGGCAUUACAACUCAACCAACAAGAGAGCUAGUAUUUCCCGUUGAUGAUAACUCGACUAUGAAGUCGGUUGUUGAAUAUUUCCAAGAGAUGUACGGAUUCACGAUCCAGUAUACUCAUCUGCCUUGCCUUCAAGUAGGAAACCAGAAGAAAGCAAACUAUUUGCCGAUGGAGGCGUGUAAAAUCGUUGAGGGCCAAAGGUAUACUAAAAGGUUGAGCGAGAAACAGAUCACCUCCCUUUUAAAGGUCACAUGCCAAAGACCAAGGGAUCGAGAAAACGACAUUUUGCAGACUGUCCAACACAACGGCUAUGAUCAAGAUCCGUAUGCAAAGGAGUUUGGAAUUAGGAUCAGUGAGAAACUGGCAUCAGUGGAGGCGAGAGUUCUCCCUGCCCCGUGGUUGAAAUAUCACGAGACUGGCAAGGAAAAGGAUUGCCUGCCGCAAGUUGGCCAGUGGAAUAUGAUGAAUAAGAAAAUGAUAAACGGCAUGACAGUAAGCCGGUGGGCAUGCAUUAACUUCUCACGAAGUGUUCAAGAUAUCGUUGCUCGAGGAUUCUGUAACGAGCUGGCCCAAAUGUGCCAAGUAUCCGGCAUGGAAUUCAGUCCAGAGCCGGUUAUUCCUUUCUACAAUGCUCGGCCCGAUCAAGUCGAGAAAGCUUUGAAGCAUGUUUAUCAUGCAUGCAUGAACAAAUUAAAAGGAAAAGAAUUGGAGCUUCUGUUGGCCAUUUUGCCCGACAACAACGGGUCCCUAUACGGUGACCUGAAGCGAAUAUGUGAAACGGACCUCGGUCUGAUAUCCCAAUGCUGUCUAACUAAACAUGUUUUCAAGAUGAACAAGCAAUAUUUGGCGAACGUAUCCUUGAAAAUCAAUGUUAAGAUGGGCGGCAGGAACACGGUUCUCUUGGACGCUAUCAGCUGCAGAAUACCUCUCGUCAGUGACAUACCGACAAUUAUAUUUGGAGCAGAUGUUACACAUCCUGAAAAUGGAGAGGAGACCAGUCCUUCGAUUGCUGCAGUUGUAGCAUCUCAAGACUGGCCUGAGGUCACAAAGUAUGCGGGAUUAGUUUGUGCUCAAGCUCAUCGACAAGAAUUGAUACAAGAUUUGUACAAGACGUGGCAAGAUCCUCUUCGUGGUACAGUUAGCGGAGGCAUGGUCAGGGAUCUUUUGGUUUCUUUUCGAAAAGCAACUGGUCAAAAGCCACAGAGGAUAAUAUUUUACAGGGAUGGUGUGAGUGAAGGCCAAUUUUACCAAGUGCUACUUUUUGAGUUGGAUGCUAUACGAAAGGCUUGUGCUUCGUUGGAGCCAAACUACCAGCCACCGGUGACAUUUAUCAUAGUUCAGAAGCGACACCAUACGAGACUGUUUGCGAAUAAUCAUAGAGACAAGAGCAGCAUUGACAGGAGUGGAAAUAUUUUGCCAGGCACAGUUGUUGAUUCCAAAAUCUGCCAUCCAACAGAAUUCGACUUCUAUUUGUGUAGUCACGCAGGAAUUCAGGGAACAAGUCGGCCUGCUCAUUAUCACGUACUCUGGGACGAGAACAAUUUCACUGCAGACGGAAUUCAGAUGUUGACGAACAACCUCUGUUACACGUACGCGAGGUGCACGCGUUCAGUAUCAGUGGUUCCUCCGGCUUAUUACGCGCAUUUGGCUGCUUUCCGGGCAAGAUUCUACAUGGAACCGGACGUGCAGGAAGGCACACGAGUAGCCGGAGAGUUGGGUGUUCGUCCCCUACCGGCGCUGAAAGAGAAUGUAAAGAGAGUCAUGUUUUAUUGUUGAAGAGAGGCUAGGGUUUAGUGAUUAGGGUUUUGAAGCAUGCAUAGCAGAGGCCUUUCUUUGUAAAUGUUUGAUUGUAAAAAUGCUUGCAGCUUUGUCUCCAUCUCUAAUCACUGAUGUAAAAAAUGGCUUAGCAGUAGUUUCUGCUGAUAAUGGUAGUAACUCCUUUUGUUUC